AUGCACUCCAUUUUUCCAUUCUCCGCGCUAAUCUGGGCAUUUGUCGCUCUGCCAUCUGCAGCGCACAUUAAGAAGGAGAAGAAGAAGUCCAAGGAGACCCUCGGAGAGACCCAGGCCGGAGGCGAUUUCUCCAUUUCGCCCGCCGCUAAAGGUGCCGUCCUUGAUACCUCCAAAUGGCCACUCCUCUUGAAGAACUACGACAAGCUCCUUGUCCGCACCGGACACUACACCCCCAUCCCCACCGGUCACUCGCCGCUUAAGCGCCCGCUCGAUGACUACGUCCGUUAUGGUGUGAUCAACCUCGACAAGCCCUCCAACCCCUCCUCGCACGAGGUUGUGGCCUGGAUCAAGAGGAUCCUCCGCGUCGAGAAGACCGGUCACAGCGGCACCCUUGACCCCAAGGUCACCGGUUGCUUGCUUGUGUGCAUCCAGAGGGCUACUCGCCUGGUCAAGUCCCAGCAGGGUGCCGGUAAGGAGUACGUCGCCGUCGUCCGCCUGCACAGCGCCAUCGACGAGGAGGCCAAGCUGGCCAAGGCCAUCGAAACUUUGACCGGUGCGCUGUUCCAGCGUCCCCCGCUGAUCGCCGCCGUGAAGAGGAGGCUGCGCGUGCGUACCAUCUACCAGAGCAAGCUCGUCGAGUUCGACAAGGAGAGGAACCUCGGUAUCUUCUGGGUCGACUGCGAGGCCGGAACCUACAUCCGUACCCUCUGCGUCCACUUGGGUCUUCUCCUCGGCGUCGGCGGUCACAUGCAGGAGCUCAGGCGCGUCAGGUCCGGUCUUCUGACUGAGAACGCCAAGGACUGCUUGGUGACUUGCCAUGACAUCUUGGAUGCCCAGUACGUCUACGACACCACCAAGGACGAGUCCUACCUUCGUCGCAUCAUCCAGCCCCUCGAGGUGCUCCUUACCAAGCACAAGCGCGUGGUCGUCAAGGACUCUGCCGUCAACGCCAUCUGCUACGGUGCCAAGUUCAUGAUCCCUGGUCUGCUCCGCUAUGAGGAGGGCAUUGAGGUCGGCGAGGAGAUCGUGAUGAUGACCACCAAGGGUGAGGCCAUCGCGCUCGGCAUUGCGCAGAUGUCCACCGCCGACAUGGCCUCGUGCGACCACGGCGUCGUCGCCAAGAUCAAGAGGGUGAUCCUCGAGAGGGACACCUACCCCCGCAGGUGGGGCAAGGGACCCAGGGCUCAGCUGAAGAAGCAGCUGAUCAAGGACGGCAAGCUCGACAAGUUCGGCCGCCCCAACGACAACACGCCCAGCGAGUGGAAGAACACCUACGUUGACUACAACGUGCCCAAGGGUGAGGCCCUGCCCGCGCCGGUCAAGUCGACGCCCACCACCCCGAUGAAGAUCGACGUCACCAUCAAGGAGGAGCCCAAGGCCGACAAGGAGGAGAAGAAGGAGAGCAAGAAGAGGAAGAAGGAGGAGUCGUCGGACGAUUCCGACUCGGACUCGGAUUCCGAUUCCUCUUCGUCCGAGGAGGAAAAGAAGAAGAAGAAGAAGAAGGCCAAGAAGGCCAAGAAGGACGAGACGCCCUCGAAGAAGGACAAGAAGAAGAAGAAGAAGUCCGCCUAA